UCACGCGUAAAAGUGCGCACGCGGCGGUUGAAGUAGAGACUCGUAGUUCGUAAAAAAAAAUAAAAAGAAUAAACUUACACAAUUAUCAUCGUAGUACAAUGUAUUAUUUUAGUCAGAAAUUAAGGAAUAUACUAAGUUAUAACUAAAUGUAGACAAAUUAAUAAUAAAACAGCUGAUUGUUUGCUUUGUUUAUAUAGUAACAAACUGUUCAAACUUCUGUAUUGGAAUUCGGUAUCCGAUAUGAUCUAAUCGCGUAUUAUAAUAUAUUGGAACAUAUAAUAAUGCAGUGUAUAUUUAUUAGAAUGUGAAAAUUCGUGUAGUGAUCACUAAUCAUUUGGAAUAACCGCUGGAUAUAUGUGUUACGGGGUUAUAAUUCUACAUUGGUGCAAUGGGAGCCGUAAAGAGCAAGUUCACAAACUGGUUUUCGAGAUGCAUCUGUUGCAAGUGUGGAAGAUCUAAUUCGUACGACCUCAACGAUCUGCCUCGUCCGCGACAAUUGAACACCUCUGACGAUGUCGACUAUGGAACGAAGCAAGGCGUGCUCGCUGUUCAAGGAAUCGAUUUCUGCAUAGAAACCAAUGGGGAAGAUCAUCAUACAAGUAAAUUCAACCUGAUGACAAGAAAUGUCGACAGAUGUCUAGUUAUUCGACGAGGCCAAGCGUUCAAAUUGGAUCUGUUACUAAACAGACCAUAUGAUGCUAACAAAGACGCUGUUUCCUUUAUAUUCUACGUUUCAGAUGUGGUAAAGCGAGGGCCAUCCGAUGACUCAUCAGCUGCGGUACCUUUAUUGGAAAAAGGAUCGGAAACUGUCGGAGGGUGGAAUGUGGUGUACGAAGGGCAAAUGGAUUCUCACCUGAUGGUAGCGGUGACUGCGGCAGCUGAUUGCAUCGUCGCUGCUUGGCGUAUCGAUAUCGAUACAAAAAUCAGUGGUGGGGGAUCACUGAGUUACACUCAUCCACAACCCAUAUACAUACUCUUCAAUCCAUGGUGUUUGAAUGACAGCGUAUACAUGCCAGGCCACAGUCAUCGUGAAGAGUAUGUACAGGAAGAUGGUGGGCUAAUGUAUAGAGGUGUAUAUAACCGUAUCAAACCUACGCCGUGGAACUAUGCACAAUAUGAGAGGGACAUCCUGGAUUGUGCCUUGUAUCUAGUCAGGGAUAUUGGAAAAGUAAAAGGUCGUUCUAGAAGUGAUCCCAUUAAAAUAGUUCGUGCUCUAUCGGCAGCCAUAAAUGUACAAGACGAUAAUGGGGUUCUAUUCGGAAACUGGAGUGAUGACUUUGGUGGGGGUACAAGCCCACUGAAAUGGGUGGGUUCACUUACGAUACUGCAAAAAUAUUACGAGAAGAAAAAACCUGUAAAAUAUGCACAGUGUUGGGUUUACGCUGGUGUUCUGACCACUGUUUGUAGAGCCCUGGGUAUUCCAUGCAGGCCGGUAAGCGGUUAUGACGUAGCACAUGAUAGCCAAGGCAGCUUAACCAUAGACAUUAUCAUGGAUGAAGAUGGAAAUACCUUGGAAGAUUUCACAAGGGAUUCUGUUUGGAAUUAUCACGUCUGGAAUGAGGUAUGGAUGGACCGUCCCGACCUUGGGUCCGAGUAUAGCGGAUGGCAAGCCAUAGAUGCAACUCCUCAGGAGACUUCCGAGGAUUUGUACCGAUGUGGACCAGCAUCGCUGCAGGCGGUACGAAACGGGGAAGUACAGAGGGCAUACGAUGCUCUCUACGUAUUCGCGGAGGUCAAUGCAGAUAAGGUAUUAUGGAAAUACUCUGGGGAAAUACAGCCACUGAAGUUACUGAAACGUGACACAGUUUCAAUAGGACAAUAUAUAUCAACGAAAGCAAUAGGAAAUACGGAGAGGGAGGAUAUAACGAAUCUGUAUAAAUAUCCAGAGAGGACGCGGGAGGAGCGUGCCACUAUGGAAAAGGCAUUACGUAGGUCCGAGCAUCUGUUCGCUCGGUACUACCUUAACGAUGCCUUCAACGACGUCGUUUUUGACUUUGAACUAAGGGACGAUAUUAAGAUUGGACAGGACUUUAAUGUCGUUCUACACGUAAGGAACCGGUCGUCUGAGAACCAGCACCAAGUGAAGGGUGUACUCCGAGUGGACACAGUAACAUAUAAGGGCUUGACCGGCGACGGGGUGAAACGGUAUGAGUUUGAUACCACCCUCGCUCCGGAGGCGAAAGAACAAAUAAAAAUGCUAGUCACUUUCGAUGACUAUUAUAAAAAAUUAGUCGAUCAGGCGUCGUUUAACAUCGCAUGCAUCGCAACAAUAGUGGAAGCGAAGUACGACUACUUUGCACAAGAUGAUUUCCGGGUACGAAAUCCAGACAUCAAGAUCGUGUUUGAAGGAAAACCGGUUUCCAGACAAGAGUUCACUGUGACCGCUAAACUUGAGAACCCUCUGCCAAUUCCGCUGAAGAGCGGCAAGUUCUACAUACAGGGUCCAGGCUUGGAUCAGCAACUUAAGAUUCCGUUGACCGAAAGUGUAGCACCAGGGGAUGUUGCAACAGUGCAGUUCAAGUUGACUCCACCGUGGGCCGGACGCCACCAGAUCUCCGCCAAAUUCGAUUCCAAGGAAUUGCAUGAUGUCGAUGGCUUCCUGUCAUUCCUUGUAGCGAUGCCACAAGAAACUAAUGGAUAUAGCAAUGAUGUUACAAAUGGUCAUCCAGUUUAAUUACAUUACGACUAUUAUCCUAGAUAGAGUGGGCAGACCUUGAUAUUGAUCUGUGUUAUAGUGAACGCAACACUUUACACGCCCAUACGCGCUACGUAUAUUUGAAUCCGAAAUUGUAGGGAGCAGGCCUAACACAGUUAAACCUGUUAGUGUAAAUAUUGACAAUAAACUAUUUUUUAUGUAACAAAAAAAGGCAAACAAGCUGAUGGCCCACAUGAUGAAAAGUAACCCGUUUAUGUACACAUGAACAGAACUACAGAUCUCACUUUGUAAUGUGAUGUAAUUAAAUUAUUAUACAAAAUAUUUUUAUUAUUAUGGUGUUUCGUAGAGUUCUGUUGGAAACUGGUCAUAAAACCUAUGAUAUUAGAUGACUAAAAUUACAGAGUCUAAAGUGAUAUAUUAUUUUUAUAUCGAUUAUCUGAAAAUAUGACGGCGUGAUUGAAUUCAGUUAGUUCAUGAAUACUACUUUGAUGAACUUUUAUCUGUUAUGUAAAAAUUACAUACUUUUACAUGUUAUGUUAACUUAUAGUUAAAUCAUCCUCAUAUACUUGAUUGUUGUAUUAAUAUUUAGCACAUUUAAUUAUGUUAAUAAAAAAAUGACAUAGGUUCGUGUUUUCUACAAUGUCAAUCAACAGCUAGAUGAUUAAUAAAUAAGACGUUAGUAUAUAAAACGUGUCAAUUAUACCAUACAGUUUACAAUUUAUUCAAAUGUUUACAAUUAGCUAUUGUUAUCUAGCGUCUAGUAUUUAAAUGAGACAGAAUUAAAGAAACAAAGAGAUUACAAGAUAGGCAGAUGUAUGUGAAUAAUUUUAAAAUUCUAAAGCAGCUUAGAAAUAUCUUUUAAUAUCUAUAAUGAUUAAGAGGCUUGUAUGUAUACUAAACACUCAAGUAAACAGGCUUUGAACAGUUUAUAAAUAACAGUACUGCCAUUGUACAGAGCCAUCUAGUCCCUUACUAUAAGCAUACAUGUACGUACUAACUAGUUUUCCUUUUAGCUUGUAGAAGUGUCAUAUAUUAUUCGCAGUAGACAAUAGAUGGCGGUAUAAUUACAUUAAUGAUUAAAUAAUUUUUAAACUGUUUUACAAUCUAAGCAUCUGCAUAAAUUAAAUUAUUAUAU